UUGUCCAGGGGAGUCAGUGCUUGAGCGCAUUCCUCGCCGUGGAGGCUGCCGAAGCCUCUCUCCGCGGGACUUGAUGAGGACCGUUCGUUGUAACUUUAAUAAGUUCACGGGGAAACUUUUUUUUGUUGUUUGCGCGCGCGCGCGCACUGGAAACGACCAGAUCUGGAGUUACAUCGCCGAAGAACUCUGCUCGGAUAAACGCGCUGCGCUCCCAGCUUCACUUCUCUCAAGUCGCGGGUAAAGAAGAGCAGGAGGAGGAGAGUGGAGUGGGAGCAGAGGCGGAAGCAUCUUCACCGGGCUGUGCAUGGAGAAAGACCGAGUCUGCACCAUGAAGAUCUUCCUCACUCCGCCGAUGCCCAUUCUGGUUCUCCUCAUUCUUCCGCAAGGCAUCUUCACCAGUGACUGUCCGAAUGAUUGCUCCUGUUCCGACCAAGAAAUCAUUUUGUGUUUCCAAAGACGCUCGUCGACCCUUCCCAGAGGAAUACACCCAUCCACUAAACACCUUUACCUGUUUUCCAACGGGAUUGAAAGCUUGGCAACGGAAGACUUUGAUGGCCUUGAAAACCUGGAGAUGUUGGACCUCAGUCAAAACAAACUAACUCAGCUUCCAGAUAGGGUGUUUGAACCCUUAACUUCUUUGAGAAAUCUAGACUUGUCAUCAAACCAGAUCACACACAUUUCAGAGGAAUGCUUCCAGGGCAUGGCGCUCCUAGAGCGCCUUUAUUUGUAUGGUAACCAUAUCAAGACUAUUCAUCCCGCAGCAUUUAAUGUCUUCGAAAACUUACUAGAACUCAAACUGCAGGGCAACCAGUUGACGUCCCUGCCUGCUCUCUCAAUGCCCAGACUCCUACUGCUGGAUCUUCGUUUUAAUGUCUUACCCUCUUUGGGACCCGCAGACCUCCAGACCCCAGACCUGGAGUCACUCAGACUGGGUGGUGUGGGUCUCACUAGUCUAAAUAGUGAGCUAAUUGGCAAUCUCAAGAAUCUCCAUGAACUGGAUAUCUCAGAAAAUCAACUUGAUUCCUUCCCCUCAGUGUUGAAGGAGACCACCGGGCUGACAAGCCUCAAUUUGGCCGGGAACCCAAUGGGUCCUCUUAACUUUAAGGAUUUGCAAAACCUUGAAGAAAUGAGGGAGUUGGACAUUAGCAGCCUCAGUCUGCAGGGACUUCCUGAAGAGUUUUCCCAACUCUUCCCCAACCUCAGGAAGCUCACAGUAGCGGAAAACCCUUUCAACUGCCUCUGUAAUUUAGCAUGGUUUCCAAGAUGGCUCAGAGCCCAGAGCAUCACCCUGGAGAGACCAGAGGAGACACGCUGCCAUUUCCCACCUAUCAAUGCUGGAAAAGUAUUGGAGAGAUUAGAGCACAGAGACUUUGGCUGCCCCACAACAACUACAGUCACAACUACUACUGUCAAAAAGACUACCGCCAGGCCUGUUGUUAACACUACCCACCCAAUGACGACGAAAGCUAUUCCAAAACCAAAGGCCAGUGAAAAUCCAAACAGAAAGAACGGCUCUCAACUUCCUCCUGUGCCAACCCCCAGUAGCAGCAGCAUUGACGCAGAUGAGAAGCAGCAUUUUUGCCCCCCGAACACCUGUCUGAAUGGAGGCACUUGUCAUUUGGACCAGCACGGCCAGGUAGAGUGUACAUGUCUACCAGAGACCUCUGGGAUGUACUGUGAAAUCAUAAAGCCCUCUUCACCACCUGAAGUUGAAUCCCCAAUGGCAACUGUCACAGCAGACGCACCAGACAUCAGCUCACAUCAAGCAACGGCAACUUCAGUCCUGCUGGAUCUACACCGCUACAUUGAAAUGCGGCCUUACAUCCGUGGGAUUCGCCUGACCUACCGAAACCUCUCUGGGCCAGAUCGCAGGCCAAUUCAGCUUAGCCUACCAGCAUCCUUCCCAGAGUACAGGCUCAGAGGCCUGAACCCCAACUCAACAUACACAGUGUGCGCCAGUCCACUAGGUGCCCCGAGUGGCAUCGACAGUGUUUGCACUGAAGCCCAUACAGCUCCUGAAAACGCGAGGGGCCCUGACGCACAGUUUGAGGAUCCAAAGCUAACCACUAUGCUGGUCCCUGCAGUUGCUAUCUUGCUGCUGGUAGUACUGAUAGCAGUAGCAGUGGGAGUGGUAUGCUACCUUCGCAGAAAAAGGGCGAAGGGCCACCUGGACCUAGGCUGUGAGCCCUCUCAACCGGAGCUGGACGGACUUAAAGCUGGUUUAGACAAUGGGGCUCUUCCUCACAAACAACCACAGCUUUUGAUCCCUGAACCAGCAGUUCAGAAUGGCAAUCUGGAAUAUGAGGUGAUGCUCAUACAAGAUCACUGUACAUCAAAUAACAACAUGUCUUCACACAAGCCUUCGUACUUUUGAUAAGUGGCUUCAGCUGUUCAGGUCUGGAUGAUCUGUAAUUCCUUAUCUCUGGCCCCUCAAGUGAAAUGCAAAGAGCAGCUUUCUGCAGUGGUCAAAAGUGGAGGACUGAGUUUCAGCCAACCAACAAGCAAAGAAGGGAUGUACUGUGCAUUCAACGGACUGCCCUUUGGUUGUCCAUGCAGACAUUAAUGAGUUUAAAAACAGUGUUCGGACUUCUGAAGCGAACUAUUUGACUUCAGUGCUGCGUCUUGCCUUUGUAAUAUUUGUUCACUUACAUUUAUUCCUCAUGCUGUGAUGCUGGACUUGAUGAACUGGGACUGACUGAACACUUGAGGUUAAGAGACGCAAUGACUUCAUGUCGUCCUCAGUCUGCUGGCUGAUGCGGGGUUGUUCUGCUUUUCCUCAUCACAACAGCCCAACUCUACAGGGUCAGCAAUUGAUUUUGCUGAACAGUGGAACUCUUCAACGCUAACCCAAAGGGAUCAGUGCUUGCUGUGAAAGACCUUUAAGACACCAAAUGAAGUAGUGCAAAGAAAAUAGCUGAUGUUUGUAUUGCUUUAUUUGGCUGUAGAUUGUUUUAAGUAUGUUUGUAAUGUAUUUCUUUAUGCUGUUCUGAUGGUGCAACUUUGUGACUGUUAACACCCAUCCGUGCCCACAACCCACCACUUGUGACUAACAGACAAAACACCAGAUUAAAAUCUUUGAAGAUUAAAACUCGUUUGGUACCAGUAAAGUCAGUCAAAGGGCUUUGCCCCCACAAUGUCAGACAGGCUAAGUAGUUGUGAGUCUGGACAGAGUUGAGACUAAAUCCCCCCUUCUCCAAACUCAAGCCCUCGGUAUGAUUUGCCAUCACAAAGGGAGAAGGUAAGAAGGAUUACAAAAGGUACAGCGGGAAGCAGUUGACUGAAUUCAUCCCGUUUCAGGGCAGACUGCACUGAGUUUCAACCAUUUUUGAGCUUGUCAUUAUUUUAGAAAACAAUCACAUGACUGCGCCACAGCGAAAGAAAACAUCAGAGAGUUUAUUUAUUCUGUAUAUUCCCUAUGAGGGAGACUGCGUUAUCCCUAAACCACAAUCCACACACAACAUACUACUUGACGUGGCCACAAACAAAAACAGAGCAAAUAGUACAUGUACAUGGUAUUACCCUUGAGCAAAAAAUAGCAUGCCUGGCUGAGUGCUGUGCACAGUUAAGAAGAGAACUCUGGUUUUGUGAACUUUUGUCGAACCAGGUUCAGUAAAGUCAAAAUGCACAGCUCAGCUACCCUCAUCAUGUUAACAUCCCUUGGAAUCAUCACACAAACAUAUUACAAAUGAAAAACGUUCAUGAGUGUGUGUGUAUUUGUGUGUGUGUAUGAGAGAGAGAGAGAGAGAGAGACAAACAGAGAGAGAGAAGAAAGAGAGAGAGAGAAAAUGCAGGUUCUGUCUUGUGGAAAGACCUGCAGACGUCAAGUUACUAUCACUCAACCCUGUUAUGUGCCCACAUGCCUCUGAGAACAUUGGCCCCCCUCAAAAAUCUACCUUUCGGCAAACAGACCAAAGACACAUCUGUGAAUUUCUGCAGUUUACGUUCAGUAUUUCCAGCACACAGCUGACAGUACCCUGCUUGCGAAAUCUUAUCAGAAUCUACAUUCUGCAACUGGAACAUUUGUCUGUAAAAUAGAAUACAUUGAACUUUUUUCAGUGUGAUUGGUCAUCUUUCCCUGUUUAUUUUGGGAAACUUCCUGUUGAUAUUUUUUUUUUUACUCUGUGAUCUUAUUUGUACAAAUGGAAAAAAGUGAUAUUAUCAUUAAAUGAAUAUCCAUGA